GAUUUAAAAUGCGGUUCCCCCACCACGCGGAGGGAUAUCACGCGUCGUCUCCUGUCGCAGGACCCGAGCAGCGGUGCGAGAGCGGCGGUUACGGAGCGAGUCGUCGGUUCCCUCGCCGCGCUGCCGGGGUUCAUGAGGUCCCAGUGAGAUCUGUGCCGACUGCGAUCUGACCCGUUCCCCACAGCAGCCCGCCCCAUCUGCCACCAUGGCCUUCGUGCCCGCGCCCAGUCCCACCGUGGUGGACCAGACCACCCUAAUGAAGAAGUACCUGCAGUUUGUGGCCGCGCUCACCGACGCUAACACACCUGAUGAAACUAAGUUAAAGAUGAUGCAGGAGGUCAGCGAAAACUUUGAGAAUGUGACAUCUUCGCCUCAGUACUCCACCUUCCUGGAACACAUUAUCCCUCGCUUCCUCACGUUUCUUCAGGAUGGAGAGGUGCAAUUCCUGCAAGAAAAACCCACUCAACAAUUGAGGAAGCUGGUGUUGGAAAUCAUCCACCGCAUUCCAACAAAUGAACACCUUCGUCCACACACAAAGAACGUCCUGUCGGUGAUGUUCCGCUUCCUAGAGAUUGAAAAUGAGGAAAAUGUGCUGAUAUGCCUUCGCAUCAUUAUUGAGCUACACAAACAGUUUCGGCCGCCAAUUUCUCAGGAGAUUCAUCACUUUCUGGACUUUGUGAAGCAGAUUUACAAAGACCUUCCAAAAGUAGUUGCCAGGUACUUUGAGAACCCGCAGGUGAUCGCAGAGAACACGGUUCCCUCCCCGGAAAUGGUCGGGAUGAUCACGUCGGUGUUGGUAAAGACCGCGCCUGAGAGGGAGGACAGCGAAACCCGAACCCACACCAUCAUCCCACGGGGGUCCUUGUCCCUCAAGGUGCUCGCAGAGCUGCCUAUCAUCGUUGUGCUGAUGUAUCAGUUAUAUAAGCUGAACAUCCACAAUGUCGUAUCAGAGUUUGUACCCCUCAUCAUGAACACCAUCAUGCUCCAGGUGUCUCCCCAGGCCAGGCAACACAAGCUUUAUAACAAGGAGCUGUACGCAGACUUCAUUGCUGCCCAGAUCAAGACUCUGUCCUUCCUAGCCUACAUCAUCCGAAUCUACCAGGACCUGGUGGGGAAGUACUCUCAGCAGAUGGUAAAGGGAAUGCUGCAGCUGCUGACCAACUGCCCGUCUGAGACGGCUCACCUCCGCAAGGAGCUGCUCAUCGCAGCCAAGCACAUCCUCACCACCGACCUGCGGAGCCAGUUCAUACCUUGCAUGGACAAACUCUUCGAUGAAUCCAUCCUGAUCGGUUCUGGUUAUACCGCUCGGGAGACCCUGAGACCGUUGGCCUACAGCACACUAGCAGACCUGGUGCACCACGUCCGUCAGAACCUGCCCCUGACGGAUCUCUCCCUAGCCGUGCAGCUCUUCGCCAAAAACAUUGACGACGAGUCGCUUCCCAGCAACAUCCAGACCAUGUCCUGCAAGCUGCUGCUCAACCUGGUGGACUGCAUUCGCUCAAAGUCCGAGCAGGAGAACGGCAACGGGCGGGACAUCCUGAUGAGGAUGCUGGAGGUGUUUGUGCUGAAGUUUCACACCAUUGCGCGUUACCAGCUCGUCUCCAUCUUCAAAAAGUGCAAGCCUCAGUCGGAGAUGGGUGUGGUGGACCCGGGGGUGUUGCCCGGGGUGCCGGCCACACCCACCCCCUCCACCACCCCGGCCAUUCAGCCUCCGGCUCCCGCCACGCCCGUCCCCGCGCCGCCCGCGCCCCCGACCGCGUCCCUCGACCGAGGCGGCGAGAAGGAAGACAAGCAAACCUUUCAGGUGUCGGACUGCCGCAGCUUGGUCAAGACGCUGGUGUGCGGCGUGAAGACGAUCACUUGGGGCAUCACGUCCUGCAAGGCCCCAGGAGAGGCUCAAUUUAUUCCUAACAAGCAGCUUCAGCCGAAGGAGACACAAAUCUACAUUAAGCUGGUGAAAUACGCCAUGCAGGCCUUGGACAUCUACCAGGUCCAGGUUGCCAAUAACCAGCAGACGUACAUCAGGGUGGCCAACUGUCAGACUGUACGCAUGAAGGAGGAGAAGGAGGUUCUGGAGCACUUUGCCGGGGUCUUCACCAUGAUGAACCCGCUCACAUUCAAGGAGAUCUUUCAGACGACCGUGCCGUACAUGGUGGAGAGGAUCUCCAAAAACUACGCGCUGCAGAUUGUGGCCAAUUCUUUCCUGGCCAACUUGUCGACCUCAGCACUAUUCGCCACCAUCCUGGUGGAGUAUCUUCUGGAGCGGCUCCCAGAGAUGGGCUCCAAUGUUGAGCUCUCAAACCUUUACCUGAAGCUCUUCAAACUAGUAUUUGGCUCAGUGUCGCUGUUUGCUGCUGAAAACGAACAGAUGCUCAAGCCACACCUCCACAAGAUAGUGAACAGCUCCAUGGAGCUCGCCCAAUCGGCCAAGGAACCCUACAACUACUUCCUGCUUCUCCGGGCACUCUUCCGUUCCAUUGGUGGAGGCAGCCAUGACCUGCUCUACCAGGAGUUCCUGCCCCUUCUCCCUAACCUGCUUCAAGGUCUCAACAUGCUGCAGAGUGGCCUCCACAAGCAGCACAUGAAGGAUCUCUUUGUGGAGUUGUGCUUGACGGUGCCGGUGCGUCUGAGCUCCUUGCUGCCCUACUUGCCCAUGCUAAUGGAUCCGCUGGUGUCGGCCCUCAACGGCUCUCAGACUCUGGUCAGCCAGGGCCUUCGCACUCUGGAGCUGUGUGUGGACAACCUGCAGCCCGACUUCCUCUACGACCACAUUCAGCCUGUCAGGGCCGAGCUCAUGCAGGCCCUGUGGCGUACCCUCCGUAACCCGGCCGAGAGCAUCUCUCACGUAGCGUACCGGGUGCUGGGGAAGUUUGGCGGCAGCAACAGGAAGAUGCUGAAGGAGUCCCAGAGGCUGCAUUACGUGGUGACUGAGGUCCAGGGGCCCAGCAUCAAGGCGGAGUUCACUGACUGCAAGGCGUCCAUACAGCUACCCAUGGAGAAGGCGAUCGAGACGGCCCUCGACUGUCUGAAGAGCGCCAACACGGAGCCGUACUACAGACGGCAGGCCUGGGAGGUCAUUAAGUGCUUCCUGGUGGCCAUGACCAGCCUGGAUGACAACAAGCACGCUCUCUACCAGCUCCUGUCGCAUCCCAACUUCGCCGAGAAGUGGAUCCCUAAUGUCAUCAUCUCUCACCGCUACAAAGCACAAGACACGCCGGCCCGCAGGACGUUCGAGCAGGCCCUGACGGGGGCCUUCAUGUCCGCCGUGAUAAAGGACCUGAGGCCCAGCGCGCUGCCCUUCGUGGCCAGCCUGAUCCGCCACUACACCAUGGUGGCGGUGGCUCAGCAGUGUGGUCCGUUCCUUCUGCCGAGCUACCAGCUGGGCAGCCAGCCGAGCACGGCCAUGUUCCACAGCGAGGAGAACGGCUCGAAGGGGAUGGAUCCGCUGGUUCUGAUCGACGCCAUAGCCAUCUGCAUGGCGUACGAGGAGAAGGAGCUGUGUAAGAUUGGGGAAGUGGCCCUGGCGGUCAUCUUUGACGUCGCCAGCAUCAUCCUCGGCUCCAAGGAGAGGGCCUGCCAGCUGCCCUUGUUCUCCUACAUCGUGGAGCGUCUGUGCGCCUGCUGCUACGAGCAGGCCUGGUACGCCAAGCUCGGCGGCGUGGUGUCCAUCAAGUUCCUCAUGGAGAGGCUGCCGCUGAUCUGGGUGCUCCAGAACCAGCUCACCUUUCUCAAGGCCCUUCUCUUUGUGAUGAUGGACCUCACGGGAGAGGUGAGAGAAAAUGGCCGAAUGGUCUACAAGUCAAAGGGGGUAGAACAGUUGCUGGUGCGCUGUGCCACUCCGCUGAAGGACGAGGAAAAGAGCGAGGAGCUGCUGGCUGCUCAGGACAAGUCGUUCCACAUGGUCACGCACGAUCUGGUGCGCGAGGUCACGUCCCCCAACUCCACCGUCAGGAAGCAGGCCAUGCACUCCCUGCAGGUGCUCGCCCAGGUCACCGGAAAGAGUGUCACGGUCAUCAUGGAACCACACAAGGAGGUUUUGCAAGAUAUGGUUCCUCCAAAGAAACACCUGCUCCGUCACCAGCCGGCCAACGCCCAGAUCGGCCUGAUGGAGGGCAACACCUUCUGCACCACCCUGCAGCCCCGCCUCUUCACGAUGGACCUCAAUGUGAUGGAGCACAAGGUCUUCUACACCGAGCUGUUGAACCUGUGUGAGACUGAGGAUGCUGCUCUGAUGAAGCUGCCCUGUUACAAGAGCCUUCCAUCCCUGGUUCCCCUCCGCAUCGCUGCCCUCAAUGCGCUUGCAGCUUGUAAUUACUUGCCACAGUCCAGAGAGAAGAUCAUUGCCGCUCUGUUCAAAGCGCUCAACUCCACCAACAACGAGCUGCAGGAAGCGGGCGAAGCGUGCAUGAGGAAGUUCCUGGAGGGAGCCACCAUUGAGGUGGACCAGAUCCACACUCACAUGCGGCCGCUGCUGAUGAUGCUGGGCGACUACCGCAGCCUGACGCUCAACGUGGUCAACCGCCUCACUUCUGUCACUCGCCUCUUCCCAAACUCCUUCAACGACAAGUUCUGCGAUCAGAUGAUGCAACACCUGAGGAAGUGGAUGGAGGUGGUUGUAAUGACACACAAGGGAGGCCAGCGGAGCGAUGUCAGUGAGAUGAAGAUCUGUUCUGCCAUCAUCAACCUUUUCCACCUGAUCCCAGCUGCACCCCAGACUCUGGUCAAGCCUCUGCUGGAGGUGGUCAUGAAGACCGAGAGGGCCAUGCUCAUAGAGGCCGGCAGUCCUUUCAGGGAGCCUUUGAUCAAGUUCCUGACGCGCCACCCAUCUCAGACGGUGGAGCUGUUCAUGAUGGAGGCCACGCUGAACGACCCCCAGUGGAGUCGCAUGUUCAUGAGUUUUCUGAAACACAAAGAUGCCAAGCCACUGAGAGACGUUCUGGCUUCUAACCCCAACCGCUUCGUCCCUCUGCUGGUUCCCGCUGGCACGGCGGCGACCGUUCGCCCCGGCUCUCCCUCCACCACCACGGCCAGGCUGGACCUGCAGUUUCAGGCUAUCAAGAUCAUCAGCAUCAUAGUGAAGAAUGAUGAGGGCUGGCUGGCAGGGCAGCACUCGCUGGUCAGUCAGCUGAGGCGAGUCUGGGUCAGUGAAGCCUUCCAGGAGAGACAUCGCAAAGACAACAUGGCCGCCACCAACUGGAAGGAGCCCAAGCUGCUGGCCUUCUGCCUGCUCAGCUACUGCAAGCGGAACUACUCAGAGAUUGAACUGCUGUUUCAGCUGCUACGGGCCUUCACAGGUCGCUUCUUAUGCAACAUGACCUUUCUGAAGGAGUAUAUGGAGGAGGAGAUUCCCAAGAACUACUCCAUUGCCCAAAAGCGAGCCUUGUUCUUCCGCUUCGUUGAGUUCAAUGACCCCCACUUCAAUGAUGAGCUUAAAGCUAAGGUGUUGCAGCACAUCCUCAAUCUAGCGUUCCUGCACAGCUUCGAGAAGGGGGAAGGUGAGCAGCUGCUCGGACCCCCCAACCCCGAAGGGGACAAUCCUGAAAGCAUUACCAGUGUGUUCAUCACAAAGGUCCUGGACCCGGAGAAGCAGGCCGACCUGCUGGACUCUCUGCGGAUCUGCCUGCUGCAGUUCUCCACCCUGCUGGUGGAGCACGCGCCCCACCACAUCCACGACAACAACAAGUCCCGCAACAGCAAACUGCGGCGCCUCAUGACCUUCGCCUGGCCGUGCCUCCUGCCCAAAGCCUGCGUGGACCCUGCCUGCAAAUACAGUGGACACUUACUUCUGGCCCACAUCAUUGCAAAGUUUGCCAUCCACAAGAAGAUUGUGCUGCAGGUGAGAAGGCCCACCUGCUGAAAGCCCCCCACGAUGAAGCCCCGGGCCAUUGUACGGCAGGCCAUGGCCAUCCUGACCCCCGCAGUGCCGGCCCGCAUGGAGGACGGCCACCAGAUGUUGCCCCACUGGACUCGCAAAAUCAUCGUGGAGGAGGGACACACGGUGCCGCAGCUGGUCCACAUCCUGCAUCUCAUUGUGCAGCACUUUCGGGUGUACUACCCGGUGCGCCACCACCUGGUGCAGCACAUGAUCAGUGCAAUGCAGCGCCUGGGCUUCACCCCCAGUGUGACCAUAGAGCAAAGGAAGCUGGCGGUGGACCUGGCCGAGGUGGUCAUCAAAUGGGAGUUACAGAGGAUCAAAGACCAGCAGCCGGAGUCCGAGGCCGAAGUGGUUGCCGGCGGUGAAGGGACCAGUGGCGGUGCUGUAAAAAGAGGACUGUCUGUGGAUGCCGCCGCCCCUGCCGCCGCCGCCACCAGCGCCGCCACCACCGCUGCCGCCGGGCAGGAUGUCAAGAGGUUCCGCACGGCCGCUGGAGCGGCCUCCGCGGUGUUUGGCCGCAGCCAGUCCAUGCCGGGUACGGAGACCAUGCUCACCAAGCCCGUCGAGAAACAACACACGGACACCGUGGUCAACUUCCUCAUCAGGAUCGCAUGCCAGGUGAACGACAGCACCAAUGUGGCCGGCUCUCCGGGGGAACUGCUGUCCCGCCGCUGUGUCACCCUCAUGAAGUCGGCCCUCAGGCCCGACAUUGGUCCCCGCGCUGAGCUCAAGCUGCAAUGGUUCGACAAGCUGCUCAUGACGGUGGAGCAGACUGCCCAGGCUAACAUCUCCAACAUCUGCACCGGGCUGGAGAUCCUCUGCUUCCUGCUGACGGUGCUGCAGCCGCCGGCCGUCUUGGCCCAUUUCAAGCCCCUCCAGCGGGGCAUCGCUGCAUGCAUGACAUGCGGCAACACCAAAGUCCUGCGAGCCGUCCACUCCCUCCUCUCUCGCCUCAUGAGCAUCUUCCCCACUGAGCCCAGCACAUCGACAGUGGCGUCAAAGUAUGAGGAACUGGAGUGUCUGUAUGCCGCUGUGGGGAAGGUCAUCUAUGAGGGACUCACCAACUACGAGAAGGCCACGAGCAACACAAACCCCACACAGCUGUUCGGAACACUGAUGAUCCUGAAGUCGGCCUGCAGUUUUAACGCCAGCUACAUCGACCGCCUCAUCUCCGUGUUCAUGCGCUCGCUGCAGAAGAUGGUGCGUGAACACCUGAGCCCCCAGCAGGCCAACCCGGGGGUCACCGAAACCAGCACGGUGACCAGUGAGCUGGUAAUGCUGAGUCUCGACCUGGUGAAGACUCGUCUGUCCGUCAUGAGCAUGGAAAUGAGGAAGAACUUCAUCCAGGUCAUCCUCACCUCGCUGAUUGAGAAGUCACCUGACCCCAAAAUCCUCCGCGCUGUCGUCAAAAUUGUGGAAGAGUGGAUCAAAAACAAUUCUCCGAUGGCUGCAAAUCAGAUGCCCAACCUGCGGGAGAAGUCCAUCCUGCUGGUGAAGAUGAUGACCUACAUAGAGAAGCGUUUCCCCGAUGAACUUGAGUUAAAUGCCCAGUUCCUGGACCUCGUUAAUUACGUCUACAGGGACGAGAGCCUUUCAGGAAGUGACAUCACAUCCAAGUUGGAGCCCGCCUUCCUCUCGGGGCUUCGCUGCACCCAGCCGCUGAUCAGAGCCAAGUUCUUUGAGGUGUUCGACUCCUCCAUGAAGCGGCGCGUGUACGAGAGGCUGCUCUACAUCUGCUGCUCCCAGAACUGGGAGGCCAUGGGCAGCCACUUCUGGAUCAAACAGUGCAUCGAGCUCCUGCUGGCAGUGUGCGAACGAAACACCACCAUCGGCACCAGCUGCCAGGGAUCCAUGCUGCCGUCCAUCACCAACGUCAUCAACCUGGCCGACAGCCACGACCGCGCCGCCUUCGCCAUGGCAACGCAUGUCAAGCAGGAGCCGCGUGAGAGUCAGACCAGCGAGACCAAGGAGGAGGAUGUGGAGAUAGACAUAGAGUUGGCACCAGGUGACCAAACCGCCAUCCCCAAGACCAAGGAGCAGGCUGAGAGGGAUGCAGGCAACCAACUGCACAUGCUGACCAACCGCCACGACAAGUUCCUCGACUCCCUACGGGAGGUCAAGACGGGGACGCUGCUGAACGCUCUGGUCCAGCUGUGUCACAUCUCCACGCCGCUGGCUGAGAGGACCUGGGUUCAGCUCUUCCCUCGCCUCUGGAAGAUCCUCUCUGACAGGCAGCAGCACGCUUUGUCGGGAGAAAUGAGCCCCUUUCUGUGCAGUGGCAGCCACCAGGCCCAGCGGGACUGUCAGCCCAGUGCCCUCAACUGCUUUGUCGAGGCCAUGUCUCAGUGUGUGCCUCCUAUUCCCAUCCGUCCCUGUGUGCUGAAGUACUUGGGGAAGACACACAACCUGUGGCUGCGCUCCACUUUAAUGCUGGAGCAGCAGGCCUUUGAGAAGGGCCUCAGCCUGCACAGCAAACCCAAGCAGAGCACAGAGUUCUACGAGCAGGAGAGCAUCACUCCACCUCAGCAGGAGAUUUUGGACUCUCUAGCGGAGCUUUACUCUCUGCUCCAAGAGGAGGACAUGUGGGCCGGCCUGUGGCAGAAGAGGUGCAAGUUUCCUGAGACCGCCACUGCCAUUGCCUACGAGCAGCAUGGCUUCUUCGAGCAGGCCCAAGAAAGCUACGAGAAAGCAAUGGAGAAGGCUAGAAAGGAGCAUGAGAGGAGCAAUGUCUCCCCGGCCAUCUUCCCGGAGUACCAGCUGUGGGAGGACCACUGGAUACGCUGUUCUAAGGAAUUGAACCAGUGGGAGCCUCUGACGGAAUACGGCCAAUCGAAGGGCCACUCGAACCCGUACCUCAUGCUGGAGUGCGCCUGGAGGGUUUCCAAUUGGGCCGCCAUGAAGGAAGCCCUGGUACAGGUGGAGCUGAGCUGCCCCAAGGAGAUGGCGUGGAAGGUGAACAUGCACCGCGGCUACCUGGCCAUCUGCCACCCCGAGGAGCAGCAGCUCAACUUCAUCGAGCGGCUGGUGGAGAUGGCGUCCAGCCUGGCCAUCCGCGAGUGGAGGAGGUUGCCUCACAUCGUCUCCCACGUCCACACGCCGCUGCUGCAGGCGGCACAGCAGAUCAUUGAGCUGCAGGAAGCGGCCCAAAUUAACGCCGGGCUUCAGCCGGCCAACCUGGGCCGCAACACCAGCCUCCACGACAUGAAGACCGUGGUGAAGACCUGGAGGAACCGGCUGCCCAUCGUCUCUGACGACCUGUCCCACUGGAGCAGCAUCUUCAUGUGGCGCCAGCACCACUACCAAGCCAUAGUGACGGCAUAUGAGGCGAACACGCAGCACGAUCCCAACAACAACAACGCCAUGCUGGGGGUUCAUGCCUCGGCCUCUGCCAUCAUUCAGUACGGCAAGAUCGGGCGCAAGCAGGGUUUGGUGAACGUGGCCCUGGACAUUCUAAGUCGAAUCCACACCAUCCCCACCGUGCCCAUCGUCGACUGCUUCCAGAAGAUCCGGCAGCAGGUCAAAUGUUACCUGCAGCUGGCUGGCGUCAUGGGCAAGAACGAGUGCAUGCAGGGUUUGGAGGUGAUCGAGUCGACGAACUUGAAGUACUUCACCAAGGAGAUGACGGCAGAGUUCUACGCGCUGAAGGGCAUGUUCCUGGCUCAAAUCAACAAGUCAGAGGAGGCAAACAAGGCCUUUUCAGCUGCUGUGCAGAUGCACGACGUCCUGGUGAAGGCCUGGGCCAUGUGGGGGGACUACCUGGAGAACAUCUUCGUCAAGGACCGCCAGCUCCACCUGGGGGUCUCCGCCAUCACCUGCUACCUCCACGCCUGCCGCCACCAGAACGAGAGCAAGUCCCGCAAAUACCUCGCCAAGGUGUUGUGGCUCCUCAGCUUUGAUGACAAGAACACGCUGGCAGAUGCUGUGGACAAGUACUGCAUUGGGGUCCCGCCCAUCCAGUGGUUGGCAUGGAUACCGCAGCUCCUCACCUGCCUGGUCGGUUCAGAGGGCAAACCUCUGCUCAACUUAAUCAGCCAGGUGGGACGAGUGUACCCCCAGGCUGUCUACUUCCCCAUCCGCACCCUUUACCUGACACUGAAGAUCGAGCAGAGGGAGCGCUACAAAAGUGAUGCAUCUGGACAGCAGCAGCCCAGUUCUGUGGGCGCUCAGCCCCACUCGGGGGCCUCCGACCCGGGGCCGAUCCGGGCGACCGCCCCCAUGUGGCGCUGCAGCCGGAUCAUGCACAUGCAGCGGGAGCUCCACCCCACCCUGCUCUCCUCCCUGGAGGGCAUCGUGGACCAGAUGGUGUGGUUCAGGGAGAACUGGCACGAAGAGGUCUUGAGGCAGCUCCAGCAGGGUUUGGCCAAGUGCUACUCGGUGGCCUUUGAGAAGAGCGGCGCCGUGUCCGACGCCAAGAUCACGCCGCACACGCUGAACUUUGUGAAGAAGCUCGUCAGCACCUUCGGCGUCGGCUUGGAGAACGUCUCCAACGUGUCCACCAUGUUCUCCAGUGCCGCCUCCGAGUCGCUGGCCCGCCGGGCCCAGGCCACGGCCCAGGACCCCGUUUUCCAGAAGAUGAAGGGGCAGUUCACAACAGACUUUGAUUUCAGCGUGCCGGGCUCCAUGAAGCUUCACAACCUGAUCUCCAAGCUGAAGAAGUGGAUCAAGAUCCUGGAGGCCAAGACCAAGCAGCUGCCCAAGUUCUUCCUCAUCGAGGAGAAGUGCCGCUUCCUCAGCAACUUCUCUGCGCAGACGGCCGAGGUGGAGAUCCCCGGGGAAUUCCUCAUGCCCAAACCUACACACUAUUACAUCAAGAUCGCGAGGUUCAUGCCCCGCGUGGAGAUCGUUCAGAAGCACAACACGGCCGCGCGGCGCCUCUACAUCCGCGGCCACAACGGCAAAAUCUACCCGUACCUGGUGAUGAACGACGCCUGCCUGACGGAGUCGCGGCGAGAGGAGCGAGUCCUGCAGCUCCUCCGGCUCCUCAACCCGUGUCUGGAGAAGAGGAAGGAGACCACCAAGCGGCACCUCUUCUUCACGGUGCCCCGGGUGGUGGCGGUGUCGCCUCAGAUGCGGCUGGUGGAGGACAACCCUUCGUCGCUGUCGUUGGUGGAGAUCUACAAGCAGCGCUGCGCCAAGAAGGGCAUCGAACACGACAACCCCAUCUCCAGAUAUUACGACCGUCUGGCCACUGUGCAGGCGAGAGGCACGCAGGCCAGCCACCAGGUCCUGCGGGACAUCCUGAAGGAGGUGCAGGGGAACAUGGUGCCCCGCAGCAUGCUGAAGGAGUGGGCCCUGCACACCUUCCCCAACGCCACCGACUACUGGACCUUCCGGAAGAUGUUCACCAUCCAGCUGGCCCUGAUAGGCCUGGCGGAGUUCAUGCUGCACCUGAACAGGCUCAACCCCGAGAUGCUGCAGAUAGCGCAGGACACGGGGAAGCUGAACGUCUCGUACUUCCGCUUCGACAUCAACGACGCCUCGGGCGACCUGGACGCCAACCGCCCCGUUCCGUUCCGCCUGACGCCGAACAUCUCCGAGUUCCUGACGCCCAUCGGCGUCUCGGGCCCGCUGACCGCCUCCAUGAUCGCCGUCGCCCGAUGCUUCGCUCAGCCCAACUUUAAGGUGGACGGCAUCCUGAAGGCGGUCCUGCGCGACGAGAUCAUCGCGUGGCACAAGAAGACCCAGGAGGACACGUCGAUGCCGCUGUCCCCCGCCGGCCAGCCGGAGAACAUGGACUCCCAGCAGCUGGUCUCGCUGGUCCAGAAGGCCGUCACGGCCAUCAUGACCCGCCUCCACAACCUGGCUCAGUUCGAGGGCGGGGAGAGUAAGGUGAACACGCUGGUGGCGGCGGCGAACAGCCUGGACAACCUGUGUCGCAUGGACCCGGCCUGGCACCCCUGGCUCUGAGGAGCCCCCCCGAGAGGACGCCGUGGACAAAGAAGCCCCCCCCACUGUCACAUUGAUGGUCUGAAGAGGGCUCGUUACACCUGGACUCAUCUCAAUCGUUUUUCCUGCUAUUUAUUUUCAUAGCUGCGUGACAGGAGGUGUCCUGUCCCUCGAGGAGACGUAAUGAGACGCUCAUUGUCUUUGUUCUAUUCUCCUGCAUCAAGAACUGUCCCCUAAAACAGCCCUUUGUAUUCCAACAUUUCUAUUAGUAUUUAAAGUGGAGCUGCGGAAUGAGGAACCCGCUUCCUCAACUCCAUGAACUCGUGUCUGAUUGUUCCAAAAGCCGUUUUAUUUUACAUUUAUUUUUGUCUCGUUGUAAAUUCAUGAAGUCAGACUUCAGGCGGAUUGACACUGUAAAAAGCGCCACAGCUUUAAUUUAAAACGUGUCGUUCCCGAGCUGGUGAUUAAUGCAUAAACUCUUUUUGUGAAGGCGUGAUGCCUUUUUGCCUUUUCUUCAGCACACGUAUCACCGCCCACAUUGUAAAUAAGCAUUUUGUUUUAAUAAAAUGCUCUUUUUAAUACAAA